CAAUUCGUCAUGCAGCAUCAGCCUCUGCGUCGAGCAAAGAUCGAGACACUUUCACUGCGAAGUUGCGUCGGUCGUCAGUGACCUUUCACAACUUUCAUUCACCCUUGGCGACCCUCGACCACUCUUCGCCAUGGCGCCUCAAGAGUCUAUCCCGGUCGCUGCCAACAUCUUGGGUACCAUCGGAACCGUAUGCUGGUGUGUGCAGCUGGUACCACAGAUCGUCCGCAACUACCGGACGAAAAGCACAGAGGGGUUACCAGCUUCUAUGAUGCUUCUAUGGACUGUUUCUGGGGUACCUUUCGGCGCAUAUGCUAUUGCACAAAACUUCAACAUACCUCUGAUGGUGCAACCGCAGUGCUUUUGCUGCCUCUGCGGUGUAAGCUGGGCACAAUGUCUUGUUUAUGGCCGGAAAUGGAGAACAUGGACGGCGACAUUGCUCCUCCUCGGUCUCUUCGUGAUCUUUGCUGGAGUAGAACUGGGCCUCGUAUACGCUAUCCGACCGCCGUAUGAACGUGGCGUUGAUUGGCCCGUCUUGCUUAUAGGUGUGAUAUCAUUCAUCUUGUUGAUCGGAGCGUACUGCGCGAUCCCAUUCGAGCUUCUGAAACGUCGCGGCCGUGUGAUAGGGAUUGACUUUAUCUUCCUGACCGUCGACUGGUGUGGCGCAUUCUUUAGUCUCAUGAGUUUGGUCGCGCAGUCGGAAUUCGAUGUGCUCUUCGGCACGAUGUACGCUCUUUGCUGUGCGAUUGAGAUGAGUAUGGUGUUGAGCCACCUCAUCUGGAGGCUGCGGACUAGAGGAAUCAGAAAGAGAGCGAAAGCGGAAGGCAAGACGUUUGACAAAAGUGCGGAGGGCAUCGCAUGGCAGGCCAAGGGAAUCGACCUGGAAGCGAAGUUCUGGAAGGUGGUGGGGCGGAAAGAUAAAGCGAAGGAAGAGGAAGAACAUAUGGAAGCCGCGAUCGAAGAGGAGGUGGUGGCGGGCAAGAACACCGUACCGAUUGGUGUGGUAUGAUAAUAUAAUUCUACGGCUACACUGCUCGGCCUCCAUCUACCUCAAGAUUUAUACCGG